AUGGAAGAGUGUGUGUGGGAGAAUGUGGGGAAGGAGGAGGAUGAGGAGGAGGAGGAGGAGGAGGAGGAGGAGGAGGAGGAGGAGGAGGUGGUAGUGGUGUCGUGAGCGUGUUCGUAUCAUGUCGGGGUCACUACUUUCGUGAGCGCUAAAGCCAGAACCGUCAAUCCCAGACUAUGAAUAUCAGGAUAAGACCAGAGUUAUGAAAGAAUUAACAAUCAAAAGUCAAACGACCUGACAAUCCAACCCAUGCCAAGCGCGUCGCGUCGAGUUGUGUUCCUUCCACUCAGUUAAACAACCAGUAAGUUCAAGAAUGAGGAGCAGGUAAGGAAAGGCAAGAUGGUCUGGCGCCUCAGCACAGAGGAGGGAGCUGGGGCGGGGGAGAGGGAAAGGGGGGAAUUGAAAUGCGGUAGGGAUGGGGUAGGGAGUAGUCAAACCGUGUGUGUAGGGAGGUGAGAAAAAGGGAGGGGGGGGAUGGGAAGGGAGGCAGAUUUGCUGGGUUUGGUGACACACAAUGCCGGAUGUCCCCAACCUGGUUCACCCCACCGAUCAAGGCGAUUACCGGGUUUUGGCGGCCAGGCAGAGCUGAGCUUCAAGGAACCGCAUAUGACGGUUGGGUUCCAGUUAGUGGACGCUAGACGUAGUCAACACCUUCAAGCAAGUGAGCGACCUAUUACGACCAUCACGUGGACUCACUACUGGACAUCCCUACACCCCCAGCAUCACACAAUCGGCGAAACACGCAUCUGGGCUCUCAGCCAGUACUUGUGCUGCGUUUGUGAUAAACAAGUAUCAGGCUAUGCCAUGUAUGUGCGAAAGCGAAUAACGUAUCGCGUUAUAAUUUUCAGUUCAGCUUUAUAAGUAGAUGACAUUAGGACUUUGACAUAUGCUAAUUGGCGCAUCAUUUUAACUUUAUGGCGGUAUAUACUUGACUGCACAUGCAUUCAGCCGGGUUAGUUCUGGCUUACUUGCCGCCGUCCUUCACAGGCCUAUUACUGAGGGUUAGCCCAAUCUCAGCAUCAUUUUACUGACCGGCUCCGACACUAGCGCAUUCCUCACUACAAUACAUCUGACCCGCUCCAAUCUAUCCAGACGUGCUAAACCCCGUGGGUUGGAAAUUUGCCGACUGAUGAUAAACUCCGUGUGUGGCAAUGAUCGACUGGUGGAUUGAGAGUACGGCCCAACGGUUCCCUUUCAAUGUGACUUAUGGUGGUCACACGCAUGUAAAAUCCGAGCCGAUAACUUCGUGCGAAAACCUGGUGUGUUGUGAGGGUACCAGGCCGUGUGCGAUACGCGCGGACGGACUUGUGUCGGUUCGCGUCACCUUGCCCUCCGCCUUUGUCACGCUGCCUUCCUGUCCGCCUCACACUCCCUGCCGAUCCGCUGCUGGGACGCGCGAGGCUCGUCACUAGCCUCGCGAGUGCGUCAGGCCUCGCGAGGCUCCUCUGAUUGGCUGGCGGACGCUGAGACAACGAAAGGUGCACACAUGCGCUGGGUCUGAGCCCCUCGAAGGCUGCUUGGUGAGCGCGCUCGCGACGGUCUACAGAGCCUUUGUGUACACGCUUCUACAGCAGUAAAGGUUGUCCAACUCAAACCGCCUUCCCUGACUUCUGAUUAGGGAAUCUUAGUCUUGUCAACCACACACCACCUCCGACAGGCUUUUUAGCCCAGUCAAUCAAUUGCGCCCAAUUUCUGCAUCAGACAACUGACCAGCUCGGUCAGUGGGCUGGUGCCUGGGAGGGAGAAGAGAGUGAGGCCUCCUCUGGGGGACUACGUCCCCAAGACACACAGCGCGCAUCUCUAUUAUAAACAAGCUGGCGCGCUUUUAAACUACCACAGUACGCUAAAAACCGCGGCUUUGAAGGCUGCCAACCGACGAGAUGGCUUGGUCCUGCCCUCAAGACGGAGAUCCAGGCUACUAUGGCCCCUCCUUCAUGUGUCACGGCCACUCGGUUGGAAUCUGAGCCGUCCCCGACCACCUUUCUCGCUGCAUGAGAACUGGCCUGCGCGCAGCAGGCCAGGCGUGUGUGUGUGUGACACGCGCAGAUGAGCUGUUUGGCUUCGUCGGCCACUGCACGCCUCUCGUCUUCUGGACUCUGUCUUGACACAGGUCCCAGGAAGAUGAGGGAGGAGAGAGUGCAGUAGAUGCAGCACAAGUCUACUAUCAUUAUGAACUAAUUCCCGCGUAAGUCGCUAUCGCUGCGCCCACCCUGCCAUGGAACACACUGUGUACAGCGCUGGUAACGACAGUCAAACUGCCACUGGGGCUUUAACUCAACGUUUCCGUCAUGGGCCCGUACCCGCAUUCCACUAUGUAAUUAGGGUCCGUCUGUGAAAGCCCCUUUCAUGUGACUUUAGACACGCUUGAUCACAGCCGAGGGGUUGUAGUAGUAGAGCGUUGGUCCAGUGAACGACAAAGGUCGGAUAAUAACUACGAAUAUGCCUUGACUCGGAUUUAUGCGUACCUGAAUAACGACAGCCAACCAUGCUUCAAACCUAGAUCGCAAGGACUAAAUGCUCAAUACGCCUCUUUUUUUCAUUACGUAAUAAGACAAAAAUAUAGGACUGGGACAUGAUUCGUGUCCUGCUGGCCACGAUGCAAAUGUUUGAAAGCAGAUCGAAGCUGGGCUAACUUAGCCAUUUUGACUGUGAAACAAAAUACACAUUUUGCCUUUCGUCUUUCGUCUGCGGUCCAUAAGGCACUCGGACGGCGGUCGGCAUUCAGUAGUCGAGAAGUGUUGUCGGCAGGGACAAAGACUCUAGGAUGAAGAUAAAGACAGAAAGGGACUGCUCGUAUUCCGUCCUGCUGUCAAGGACGCAGCACCGACCUAGUUUUGAAUAUUCCAAUCGCAACAAACAAAGGCCACAGGAUCUGCGGCACACUUCUAAAAAUAGACUGCUCAAAACGCUUUUGCUGGUAACACGCACAAUAGGAAUCUUUGUGCAAGCAAUUCACUUAGUCACCACGACACGCCCUGGUCUAGUACAAGGCAAAUGCUGCCUUGCGGCAGUCGACGAGUACCUGUCCUGCUAGUGCGCGACGCUGCUUGCUUCAAGUUUCUCCCUGCUAUUAGUCGUUCAAUAGUCAACUACGUCCCGCUUGCAUUUGACUGGUUGCCUGUUAUCCCAAUACCUGAUACAUUUCCUGAUGCAAUGCCUGUCGCAACAGUUAAAGUCAUGGAUACACUUGAGCCACUGCUAUCUGCAGAUCAAAUCUAGCUUAGGAGGGAAAGGGGAGAGACAAAUUCUACACAGAAAGGACGAAGAAUAGCUGGGGCGUGUUUUGUCACCGAGUGUUGCAGGAAAAAUUGAUCGUCGAUGAAAACUGUACCUAUUUUUCCAUCCGCUGCGGUUGAUCAAUUAGGGGUAGAUACCCGUGACUAGUUUGUGAGAAAGUCAAGAAAUGUCAUGCAUGCCUGCGUGAAAGGUCCCAUGCAGGGAACAGGGAGGUCAAGUGGUAAUGGAACACCUGGAAUAUAUUUCGAGGGUGCCUAAUACUGCAUUUUGAUUUUAUGGUACACUGAUAAAGCGCCUAUGUCCUUGCAGAAAAAUCCUAUCGGAACUAUUUUUUUCGUGUAGAUAUCAACAUUCGGCUUUCCCUGGGGUGUAGGACUGUCCAGUUAGGGGCAUCCCUGUAUGGGUGGUAGGUCACACCAUGUGAAUGGUGACUGCUCCUCACGGCUCCUCCCAACCCUCAUCUGCGGCUCCCCGAGGGUGGGCUCGGCUUAGUGGCCACAAUCCGGUAACCACAUCGACCGGUGGACUGGACCGUUGUGUGGCCCCAUACCAGGUCACUUCGCUCAUAUUCCCACCCCUUCCCCCCUCUCUAUCAUGCCACCCCCUCCCUCCCACUUUCCACUUCAAAAAGCCCUACGGAGAUGGUGACCUGCAGCCCGUAGGCGGGCCAGGCUAAUUUGGCCCGCUCUCUCACCAAAUCAAGCCGUAACUCAUUGUAGACUACGGCAGCCGUCCAGGAUAUCUCAGCGCCGCUAGCUGACGACGGCACUGCUUACCACCCCACGACGGGUGGAACUAGAAAAGGUUCCCUAAGCGAAUUCUGGGAUCACGUCAUCUGCACGCAGAUCGCUGGCCGCAGAUGUAAAACUCACGGUCGAAACAAUAAAAGAAACGACAACCCAAGUCUCACUCCCUUAUGUCCAACCCACAGGCUGCUAGAGUGAGGCUCUGAUUACAACUCCUCAGGAUGCCACAAGGUAAGCGACCAUCAGGUAAGUAAAAUACUGUUCUGCUGAAUUUGUCUAAUCACCGCUUGCUUUUCGGCAAUCAAGUAAUUCAGAAUCCCGGUGAACUGCAGGCCCCGGAUGACAUCACCACCGCGGAGACCUGGUGGUGUCAAUUUCGGAAUGCUAUCUACUUCACUGCUUUAGGCAUUCUUGGACGCACGAGUCGUCAAUACCAGGACGGGUUCGACGACCACAACGCAGACGUCAGUAACCUGCUCGCUGAACAGAGCACGCUGCACGAAGCCUAAAUUGACUGUCUGAUCAACACAAACAAAGCAGUCUUCUUCAGACGUCGCCUCCUUGUUCAGCGACGACUACGAGAAAUACAGGACGUUUGGAUGGCUCGCAAGAUCGAGGAAAUCCGGGGGUAUGCGGGCCGCAAUGAAACAAGGAAUUUCCUCGCAUCAAUCAAAACAAUCUCUGGCCCCACAAUCAAAAGGAACCGCGCGGCUUCUCAGAUCUGACGGAGAAAUCGCACAUUUUGAAGUGCUGGACCAAGAACUGUUGAAGUGUCCUCCACCGCCUAUCCGCAAUCGCGAUGCUGUCAUCGACCACUUCCCUCAGGUGGAAAUGAACGGCGACUUGCACCUCCCGCUUUUGCGCCCGGAAAUAAUCAGAGCCGUACGCCAACUCCCUAUUGAGAGAGCAUCGGGAUCCACUGUGAUCCCGGCCGUCGUCUAAAAACACGGCGGCCGCCGGCCGAUGGAUCAACACGCAAUGCUAUUCCAGGAGAUGUGUCGUUGUGGACAGGUUCUUCAGAACUUGAAGAAUGCAAGAAUCGUUCAUCUCUUCAAGCGGAAAGGGGACCGGCAACCCCGAGGAAUCUCACCACUAAACAUCGCCGGUAAUUUCUUCGUUCGCAUACUCCUAAAUCAUCUGAUCUUCCAUCUCGAACACGAUCUUCUGCCGGAAGGCCAGUGUAGUUUCCGAUACCACCGUGAAACCACCGACACUUGCCAACUACAAGCGAAAUUCCAGGAAAUGCGGAUCCACCUCUACACCGCCUCCGUGGACCUGACGAAAGCAUUCGACACAGUGAGUCGCGACGGACUAUGUAAAAUCAUACAGAAACUGGGGUCUUCUGAUAUAUUCAUGCACACAGUGCAUCAGCUCCACGACGGGAUGGUGGCGCGCGUCACGGACAAUGUGACCGUCUCAGAAGCAUUUUCUGUAACCAACAGAGUGAAAUAGGGCCGCGUACUCUCCCCCACCCUCCGUAGCCUUAUGUUAUCUGCCAUGCUGAUGGGCGCCUACCGUGAUGAGCUCUCCGAGAUUCACCCCGCCACAAGACCGAUGGCCAUCCACUCAACAACCGGCGCAUGAAGACCUCAACGCGUCUUUCCACGACCAAUAUUCACAAUCUGCACUUUGCCAUUUACUGAGCGCUCAACACCAAGACAAAAGCAGACAUGCAAUGGAGCAUGAACCUCUUCCUCUCCGCCCACGCCAACUUCGGGCUGGCCAUCGACGCGGACAAAACGGUGGUCACGCAUCAACCGCCGCCUACCGUUACAUAUAAUAUUCCUCGCACCCACGUCAACGACACCCAAAUGAAAACCGUAGGCAACUUCGCCAACUUAGGCAGUACAAUCUCCCGCCUCAGCAAAAUCGAUGACGAAGUGGCUCAUCAGAUCUACAAGGCCAGCCAAUCUUUAACGGGGCUGCAGAACUCAGCAUGGAGUCACCACAGUGUCCACCUCAACACCUUACUGAAGAUGGACAAAGCGGCCAUUUUUAUGGCUUUGUUGUAUGGCUUGGAGACCUGGGCAGUCUGCAAGAGACAAGCGCGGAAUGUCAGUCACUUUCGUCUCACUUGUCUCCGUCGGAUACUAAAGCUGAAUCAGUAGUCAGAAUCCCGUACAGGGAAGUUUUGGGAAUGACUGGAAUCCUCAGCAUCCACGUCAUGCUGAGGCUGUUGCAACUGGGAUAGGGUGACCAUCUCUUGAGGAUGAACACCGCUAGCCUACCAAAACAAAUCUUCCGUUGAGUUGUCGCCACGGAGGUCAAACCCGCUGCAACAAGGGCACCCUGAAGAAUCCCUUGAAACGACUACCGAUCAACCUGAAAACUUGGGAGGACCUCACACAGAACAGACCGGCCUGGAGAAUAGCUGUAAAGGCUGGAGCAGCAGCCUAUGGAGCCAACCGGAUCACCGCUACAAAAUCCAAAAAGAAACUCGCAAGUCUCUGGCGUCCCUCACCCGCGAAACCAACCUCAAACCCUUCUCAAUGUGCUCAUGCUGUCAACGAACAUUCAGCCCGCGGAUCGGCUCCGUCGGACAUCUCUGGACCCAAUGUACCCACAAUCCGACAACUCCAAUUGCUGCCUCCCCGACCGCCCUGCUCCAACACCCCUGCCCCGAUAUUAGCUUCCACGACCACCGCCUCUUCCGCUCACACCACCGGUCAAAACACUCCUGACGCCCGGUCAACCACCACCCCAGUUCCAGUGAUGUGA